CAUGAAUUAGAAUACAUUGUUUAUGUCACACGUAACAGUAGGUAGAUUUAUAAAGGCAGCUUCCUCGUGAUCCAUAACUAAUUUCCACUUAGGCCUUGGUCAAUUUUUCUCCCUCUCCCUCUCUCCUUCCGGUCUGCUUCCUCCCUUUCUUUAAAAAUCCUCACAUCUCUAUCUUUACCUUGGCUCCUAAACCCGAAUCUUCAGACCCCAAGAAGCCAAUGGAGAUGGAAGUGGUGGUGCCGGUCCCUGCAGUGGACUUCAACUUCGAUAGUGUAUGUUCAUCUCCAUACAUGACUGCUCCUUCAAGCCCUCAACGCUUUGGCAAUUUCUUCUUCAGUGCUCCAGCCAGUCCUACUCGUGCUUCUUCUUUCUAUCGUGACCUUAACGAUUUGUCUCAGGCCUCCAAUAUUUCAUCUGCAGUCCCUUUCGAAUGGGAAGAAAAGCCUGGUACCCCAAAAAGGAAAGGUUUUGAUGACAGAGCCGACAUAGAAGAUAAGAGCAACAAUGAUGAUGAUGAUGAUGAUGAUGGUGGUGGUGGUGGUGAUCAUGGUUGUGAAGAUUUCGAGUUCGACUUUAGUGGGCAGAUAGAGAGAACUUCUUUGUCAGCUGAGGAGCUUUUCGAUGGUGGAAAAAUUCGGCCCCUGAAACCUCCACCUGGCUAUGAACAGUUUUCAAGUACCGUUUCUUCUCCAAGAUCUCCAAGGUCUCCAAAAUCAAGAGCUUUUCGGAAGAAGGAUUUUGAUCCAUUUGAAGCAGCGAUCGAGAAAAGCCGUAAAAGAGUAGUCACACUCAAUGAACCACCGCAACAGGAGCAAAAGAACAUACAAUUACAAUCACAAUCACAACAACGAGGGAGAGAAAGAACGUCCGGGUCUUCUUCAUCAUCUUCAAGCCACAACUACGUGCAUAAGAAAAGCAGAUCUUUGUCUCCUUUUAGAGUAUCUGACAUUAUGUUCGAGCAAGUGGAAACCUCAUCACAAUCCGAAAAAACCAUUGCUUCCACAACAAGCAAUCCUAAAUCUUAUGUUUCUUCAAUCCUGUCAGCUAUUUCAUUUUCAAAAGGUAACAGAAAAUGGAAGUUGAAAGACCUUCUAUUAUUCAGGAGCGCGUCAGAAGGCAGAGCAACAAGUAAAGAGCCCCUUAGCAAAUAUGCUCUCUUGUCUAAGAAAGAGCCAGACGAUGUUAAAAAUUCAAGCUUCCGUUCCACUGAAAGCAUUGGUUCCGUGUCCAGUUCCAGGAGGAGAGCAUAUGUUUCGGCUCACGAGUUGCAUUACACAGCCAACCGGGCUAUCUCUGAGGAGAUGAGGAGGAAGACUUUUCUACCUUACAAGCAGGGCCUCCUUGGAUGCUUGGGGUUCAACCCUGGAAUGCAUGAGAUUUCCAGGGGCAUUGGGUCCUUGACACGUGGAUGAUCAAGAUUUCUUGAUCCUGUGCCUCUUUUGUUGAACAUAUAGUUUUCAAAUUUUCUUUCUUUUAUGUUCCAAAAAAAAAAAAAAGAAAAAAGAUUAUAUAUGGUUAUGGAUCAAAUUCUCUUUGUUUGUUUAUAUAUAUUGUCUCUAUCCAUGAAAUUAACUGAAACUAAAAUUUUAUGAAAUUACAUCACUAAUAAAAAGACAGCUAUAGAUUAGAUGCUUUAAACUACCCUUUUUGUUGGAUUUAUUUGGGAAAGUUGUUUUAUUUGUUAAGCAUUAUGUUUAAACAAAAGGAAAAACCUUGUUCUUAACUGUUUAUCAAGUAA